GCGGCGGCCGAGUGGCACGCACCCCGAGCUUGGGCAAUAUAAACCAGAUUGGAGAGAGACCAAACCGUCAGUCUCAAAGUGUACCAGCUCCGCCGUGGUCUCCACAUCAUCAGCAUGCAAACUCUCAUCGUCGCUUCUUUGGUGGUCGCGGCCACGGCCGUUCCCCAGAACUAUCAAACCAGCCAGUUCUCUGCCAUUCCCCGGUCACAAAUCGACCUGCUCCGCCGGGAAUCUGAUCAGGAUCCUUACCGCGGCAUCUACAGGCACAUCUACGAACAGAACAAUGGACAAAUUGUGGCCGAAGACAUUGAGACAUACCCGGGUCCAGAGCCGGAGACGGGCAGCAUCAUCCAGCGGGGCAGCUUCCAGUUUGUCGGUGACGACGGCAACACCUACCAGAUCUCGUACGUGGCCAACGAGGGUGGUUUCCAGCCGCGAGGUGCCCACCUGCCCGUGGCGCCGGCUCAGAUUCCCGAGUAUGCCCAGCUGCGUCAGGAGCACCCGGAGCUCUUCUGGGCCGAGGGACAGCAGCCGCAGCAGCCCACCUACGUCUAAUGGCGCAAAACAUUUGACUGAAGAAAUAUAUUCUGAUGAGGAUGUUCGUCAUUCGAUUACUUUCUUUACGGAGGAUCUCACACAAAUGGAACAUUGUUUAGUGUUUACCAAUGGUUAGUGGUCGAAGGAUUUUUGAUAGGAUCAUAUAAGCAGCAUGAACGACUAUGGAAACGAUGAUAAAUUGUUUCUGCAUUAAAAGUUGUCAUGAUGCACGUCUCAAUAACCCACCCUUAACGAAAAUAUAAAGGCCUCUAUUCCUCACCUUUCA